AUGGAGGAGAACCGCAUCCCUGACUCCGCCAUCAGCGCCAGCAGCUCCUACGAGGAAAAAUCGGUGGGCCCGCAGAACGCCAGGAUCAACCAGGAGCGCAACGGCGGCGCGUGGUGCCCCAAGGCGCAGAUCAGCAGUGAGGUGCGCGAGUUCCUGGAGGUGCUGGCUGGCAACGUGAACACGUACCUGGUGGCGCGCCAGCCGCUGGAGCUGCCGUUCGUGGCCAGCCGCGUGCGCUUCAUCCCGUUCUCCGAGCACCCGCGCACCGUCUGCAUGCGCGUCGAGCUGCUGGGCUGCCCCUGGGAACUAAAUAUUAUUUUCAUCUUACGUAUACCUACAGAAACAAAAAAGACUUACAAAAACACAAAAAUAUAA